AUGGCGGCGUCAGCCGGGGACCGUUGGAGGGAUGAGUUGCCUGGACACGAAAUAUUCGUUAAACUGCAGGACAGCCGGGGUUUGGAGCCGCAGGGGACGAGCAGGAGGAUAGUGAAAAACCUUACGUUCUGUCUGGACGGAGAUUUGUUCGUGUGGGACAAUGUGGAGAGCGUGUUUUAUACAACUAACCUGCGGCAGCUCAACUCUGAGCUCAGUGAACAGACGAAGAGAUACCAGACAUUGCUGUGCAUCAACCCUCCUCUGUUUGAGGUGUGUCAGGUUCUCCUCAGUCCCACUCAGUAUCAUGUGGCUCUGAUUGGUCAGCGUGGGGCAACUGUACUGGAGUUACCCCAACGCUGGGGCAAGAAGUCCGAAUUCGAAGGCGGACGCCGAGAGAUCAACUGCAAGACGAUGCCCGUGGCUGAGCGCUUCUUCACCAGCUCGGCAUCCGUGACCCUGCGCCAGGCUGCUUGGUACCCCAGUGAAACCGAGGAGCCCCACUUGGUGCUGCUCACCUCGGACAACACCAUCAGGUUCUACAGUCUUAAAGAGCCUCACACUCCAGCUCGAGUGCUUUCGGUGUCUCAGUCUGAGGAGGACAGCAGUGUCCACCCAAGAGGACGCUCUUACGCGGCUUCUCUAGGCGAGAUCGCGGUGGCGUUUGACUUCGGGCCGUUAGUCGACGCCCCUCGGCACCUCACCGGCACGGGACUGAAAGAAGACCUGCUGGUUUAUCCGUUAUACAUCCUCUACGGGAACGGAGAAACGUUCCUGAGUUACACAUCUCUCACAUACGCUAUUCUAGGGAAACUUCUGGGUCCUUUACCCAUGUACCCCGCUGCUGAGGACAACUACGGCUACGACGCAUGCUCCGUGAUCUGUCUGCCCUGCGUCCCCAACAUCCUGGUGAUCGCCACCGAGGCGGGAAUCCUCUAUCACUGUGUCGUGUUGGAGGCGGAGGAGGAUGAGGACGGCGGAGCUGUAGAGAGGUGGUCCCGGGGAUCAGAUGCAGUGCCAUCGCUGUACGUUUUUGAGUGCGUCGAGCUGGAGCUCACCCUCAAACUGGCCGUCGGGGAAGAAGAGGACACGACAGAUUCGGAUUUCAACUGCCUGAUCCGAUUACACAAAGACCCUCUGUGCCAGUACAGAUAUCACUGUACACACGAAGCGGGCGUUCACAGCGUAGGACUCACGUGGUUCAACAAACUCAACAAGUUUCUCCAGUCAGACGAGGAGGAUAAGGACGGCCUCCAGGAGCUGGCAGCCGAGCAGCGCUGCAUAGUCGAGCACAUCCUCUGUACCAAACCCCUCACAAGCAGUUUCCCAGCUCCUGUUCGUGGUUUCUGGAUCGUGUCUGAUCUGUCUCUGGGCGCCACCAUGAUCUGCGUCACCAGCACUUACGAAUGUCUCCUGCUUCCUUUGCUGAGUUCCAUCCGUCCUCCCUCUCCUCCUCUGCUGUGUUCUCGGGUCGGGGCGGAGGAAGGGGUCGUAAGCUCGCUGCUGCGUGGUCUGGCUCACGACUCGUUCGAGCAGCACAUCCGGAACAUCCUGGCGCGCAGCUCCACUAACCCGCUCAUGCUCAGGUCAGAGGAUAAAGACACCUCCACUCCGACCCCAGAGUGUCUGCAGCUACUUAGCCGAGCCACGCAGGUCUUCCGGGAGGAAUACAUCCUUAAGCUGGACCUGGCCCGAGAGGAAAUGCAGAGGAGAGUUAAACUGCUGAGCAGCCAGAAGAAGAAGCAGCAGGAGGACCUGGCAGUGUGCCGAGAGGACAGAAAGAGCCUGCGGGAGGCAGCAGAGUGCUUGGCCGACAAGUACGAGGACGCGAAAUAUCGACAGGAAACCAUUAUGAGAAGGAUAAAGUAUGUCCUGGCCAGUCUGCGCAAUCAGCUUCCUGUGCUGUCCGAUAGUGAGAAGGACAUGAAGAAAGAGCUCCAGACCAUCAACGAUCAGCUGCGUCACCUCGGCAACGGCAUCACACAGGUGAACAUGAAGAUGGAUUACCAGAAGAAGCAGAUGGACAAAGGCUCGUCUGCAGCAAAAGCCACCAUAACGCUAAAUGCCCACCAGAGGAAGAGUGUUCAGGGCGUCUUAAAGGAGCAGGGUGAACACAUCUCUGACAUGAUGAAGCAGAUCAAAGACAUCAAGAACCAUUUUAAUUUCUGAAGAGCAGAUGUGCGAGAAGUGCCACAAACCACAUUAUAUUCAGCUCAUGGUUUCAGAUUUUUUUCCCCUCUCCUUAUUUGUAUACAGUAGUCUUUUGUAUGUUGUGUGUGUAGAAGUGUAACAGAACACUUACGGGAAAUAAUUAAAAAGUUUUUGUACGUUA